AUGGACAGCACACAGCUCACGAAAUGGCGAGCAACAGGAAAGUUGGAGGAAAUGGCCGCCGUAGCCCACGAGCUUGAUCUCUACACCACCGCCGGGUUCUCCGUACACUACACUCCCGCUCAGGGCCUCUCACUCCCCUUCACCGAACCCCUUAUCUAUCGCGCCCUUGCCCAAACCCUACGCGCACAACCCACGCUCUUCGCAGUCCCCAUCGUCAAAGAAGGAGAGGAGACCUACUUUGCGCGCCUCCCCUCCAUCGAUCUCAGGACAGUGACCACCUUCGCCACGCGGGCAAAGCACGUGCCUGGUCCUGAUGACGGAGGCAGAGAUCCCGAACUCGACGCUCUGCUACAGGAGCAGGUCAAUCUCAACUUCAAGUCCGAGGCGGGUGUUCUGCCUGUGUGGCGCUUCAUCGCGCUGUUCGACGGGCCCGAGAAGCAGGGCUUCACGGCGAACCUCAUGGCGCACCACGCGAUUGCCGACGGCGCCAGUUUCCAGAUCCUGCACCGGGAGUUCCACAAGGCGCUGCACGUCCUCUCUUCUCCGUCAUCCGCGCAGGCUGAACGAGAGAUCGAAUAUGUCGUCUCCUCAAAAGACACCGACGCCAUCGGGCCCCCGAUAGAGGCCAUCCACUCCCUCCAGCUCCCCGAGCCCGCACCCCAGCCAGACGCAGACGCACAACCAAAGUACAACGACUGGCUCGGCAACCCGCCAUCGCUGCCAAAUUCGACCGGGUACACGACGCUCACGCUCACGCCCGCUGCGGUGGCAUCCUGGACCCAGGAAUGUCGAAGAAACAAGGUCGCGCCGCCAGCCGGCCUCAACGCCCUGCUGACCCGCAGCAUCUACGCCGCGCUGCCCGCAGGGACGGAGUCCAUGGACGUCAACAUCCCCGUCGACGUGCGCGGGAGCCUGCCGCCUGCCGCCGUGGACGGCGUCAUGGGCAACUUCUUCGACGCGUUCCGCAUCCGCGUGUUCCGGUCCGACUUCCCCUCUGGCGGUAGCGACGACGGGACAGAGGGAUUGGGCGCCAUCUGGCCGGCUGCGAAGAAGGUCGCCAAGGAGACUCGCGCGUACUUCAGCCGCACGACCGCUGACGGCGAGGCUAUCCUCAACAUCGCGGGGCUCAAGAAUGUGCCCGACUUGCACGCGCUGCUGAAGAGUCUGAUCGGGGGUGCGCGGAGUGAGUCCCUCGAGCUGGCAUACAUAGGUCCGCACGCACCCUACACCUCUGGGGAGACGCUGCGCUGGAACGCCGGCAAGGCGACGGUGAGUCGGUGUGCGUUUGCGCUGGGGGCAUGUCUGCAGAUGACGGUCGUGCUGCAUGCCGAGGGGAUGACGAUUGGGUUUGCGUGGCCGCGUGCUGCCAUCGAGGCGGGGCUUGUGGAGGAGGUGGUUGCGUCGGUCCGGGGGUAUUUUCAUUCGAUUACUGCGUAG